AAAUCAAUCAUUGAAUUGAUUUGAUUGGAAUCGAUUUUCUACAUAAUCAUCCAAUAGUUUUGAAAAAAAAGUUGUCAAAUUUUUUCACUUUUUUCACUUUUUUCAAAAUUCUUUAAAUUCCUUGUUUGUUUGCUUUUUCCCAUAUAAACAGAAAAUGGAAACUUCUUCAUCAACAUCAUCGAAUGAUUCGAAUGGUAUUCGUUUAAUAGCAGCUGGAAUUUUAUUCAUAUUAACAUUAUUAAUGGGUACAAUACCAGUUUAUUUAUUGGAAUUUUCGACAAAAUAUUUUAGUCGAAUCAAAAAUUCAAAUGAAAAUUCCUAUACAUUAUCAUCACCAUCAUCAUCACCAUCUACAUCCACAUCGACAACAAAAUUAUUGUUAAUGAAAAAUCAUAAACGACGUUGGUUUCAUCAUGAUCGUAUUGUACAAUUUUUAACACAAAUUGGUGGUGGUGUCCUUUUCUAUACGGCAUUCGUACAUAUGUUACCUGAAAUUCGUGAAAAUUAUGAAUCAUAUCUUAAUGAUAAUAAUGAUAAAUCAAACAAUAUGACAAAUAAUGUGAUAAAUAAGACAAAUUUAAUGAUUUUUGCAGGUGAUGAUAAUGGUGGUGGUGGUGGUGAUGAAGGUGGCGAUGAAGAUUCAUUACCAUUAGUCGAUCUUUGUGCAUGCGCUGGCCUGUUUGGUAUAUUUUUACUGGAAGAAUUGAUGCAUUUAUUAUUAGGUAAUCAUGGCCAUGGCCAUGGUCAUCAUUCGAAUGAUCAACCACAGCAACAAGAAAAUGUAUCGAAUCAAAAUAAACGAUUACAACAAAGACAACGACAAUAUUCUCGACGUUUAUCAUCAUCAUUUAGACAAUGUAGCGGUGAUAAACAAGUUGCUAAAUAUAGUCAACAAAUUAAUGAUGAUUUUCCACCACCAUCAACUUCUUGUUCAUCAUCGAUUCCGAUGAAUGUUGGUGAAAAUUCCAAAAUAACCACCACAGUAGCAACAACGGAAAUUAAGAACAAAUCAUCACCAUUGAGUAAAAAAUUAAAUAAUCCAUCAACAAUAUUAUUAUCAAGUGGUUUUAGUGAAACACAUCCAAUAUCAUUAAAUCAACAACAAACAAUUGUUGAUUAUAAUACCUGUUCCAAAUCUAAAUGUUCACAUCCAAAUCAUCAGCAUAAUGAUAAUGAACAGAAGAAUAAUGUUUUUAUUGUUAACAAUGAAAAUGAAAUUAUUAUGAUGAAUCAAAACAACAACAACGACAACAAUGUUAAUGAUCAUAUUACAGACAAUAAAUCAUCAAUAUGGCCAAAUAUAAUUGAUAAUUUUCUAUUAAUAUUAGCAUUUUCAUGUCAUUCAAUAUUUGAUGGUAUAUCGAUUGGUGUACAAACAAAACAUGAUGAAAUUUGGACAAUGUUAAUUGCAAUAUUAUCACAUAAAUUAUUGAUUGCAUUUAUAUUAUCAUUUCAAAUUUAUGAAAAAUGUAAUGAAAAAUUAUCCAUUAAUCCAUUAUCUGGUUCAUCAUCAAUAAUUAAACACCAAAGACGACAACAUAUAAAAGGAGCUAAAUUAAUAUUAUGGUUUUUUAGUACAUUGUUUGCAUUAAUGUCACCGAUCGGUAUAUUUAUUGUUAUGAUUAUGAAUAAUCAAUCGGAUACACCGAAUGAAAAAAGUCUGCAUAUAAUAAUAUUGGCUGCUAUUUCAGCUGGUACUAUACUUUAUAUUGUUUUUUUCGAAAUUAUUGAUAAACAAACUACACGUUUACAUUUGAAUGGCCUAGUACAAUGGAUUGCAAUGGCCAUUGGUUUUGGUUUAAUGCAUCUUAUUUCGCAGCUAUUUCAUGAAUGAUAAACGAAAAC